CCAUCGCCGUGCUUCCGCAAUUUGUCUGCGUUGCAUCAGUAAGCCUUGCACUCACUGCAACCUCAGAGCAGCCUCUCAGAGAUGCCUCGCCUCGCCCACCUCGCCCUCGCGACGACCGCCGCGGCGCUGCGCCCGGUAACCCGCAGAAACUUGGGCCCGGCGGGCCUCGGCCUCGCGACGGGCCUCGCCUACCGCCAGCACGCGGUCGCGGCCGAUUUCCAGAAGACCGGCAGCGGCCUGCAGUACCUCGACCUCAAGGAGGGCACGGGCGCGACGCCGGAGCCCGGCCAGACCGUGCAGGUCCAUUAUAAUGGAUGGCUCGACGACUUCGGCGACGCGGGCCGCAAGUUCGACUCGUCGCUCGACCGCGGGCGGCCCCUGAGUUUUGCGGUGGGCACGGGGCGGGUGAUCAAGGGCUGGGACGAGGCGCUCCUGACGAUGAAGGUCGGCGGCAAGCGCCGCGUGAUCAUCCCGCCCGAGCUCGGCUACGGCUCCAAGGGCAUCGGGCCCAUCCCCGGCGGCGCGACGUUGUACUUCGAGAUGAACCUCAUGGCCGUGAAGUAGGCGCUUUCGCGAAUAAUCUUACAGGCUAAUGGAAGAGGGUUCUUGGGGACAGAGGGGUGGGCGGGGGAUUGGUGGGCUCA